AUGUUCACUCCCAUGCAGCAACAAAUGUCCCUAAUCAGAUUAACAAGAAUAGGGCGCUUUAGUGGCUCUUUGAGAUAUUUCACUCGUGGAUUGAGUGGUAACUCAAGUAUGCCAUUGAAGCAAUGGAUUGGUAGCAAAUUUAACACUCUGGAUGAAGUAAAACAGUUUAUGCAACAGGAUUCUGCUUCCAUCGAAGAGUACCUGAAUUCCGAUUCUGCAAGAACAACUUCUUCAAAUUUAGACAUAUCUGAUGAGACAAUCAGAAGACUUCUGAAACUUUCAGGAUUGCCAACUGAAAGUGUAGAUAUAUUGCAUAUAAAAAAGAGAUUGAAAUAUCAAAUGUCUUUUCUUAACAAAUUGCAAGAGAUCUCUUACGAUACUGAUAAAAUUGAUGAAAAUAACUCGAGAAUUCUACCAAGAAAUAGUAAACCAUUAUCGUAUGAAGAACUGAUCUCAAAAAUAGAAAGAGCAACAAAAUCUGAAGAUCUAGGUGAAGUUUCAAAUUCUUGGAAUCCAACUGAAUUGUCAGCACUUUCAAGAAAUAAGAUGUAUGUGCUCCGUGGUGGUUUAAUGAAAGAUAGAGAGUAA